AUGACUGUCCUGGCCACUCUGAAGGUUGAGGAUGAGGAGCAGAGAAGUUUGAAUCGAACAGUAUCGAGUGGUUCUAGGGUCACACCCACCUUGGGAAGGCAACAUGCAUCGUCAUCGGCUAGUAGUUUGGACUUUGCUAAAUUAAGGACUGGCCAUGGUGUUAAUCACCCGUUUGCUAGAACGCUGUCCACGGUAACAAGCUAUGAACAAAUGAAACGAGAUAAUAGGUUGGCUGACUACCAUCUCAAAAUUGUUGUUGUCGGUGAUGGCACAGUGGGUAAGACCUCUCUACUCAUGUCGUACGUUCAAAAAACAUUUCCAACAGAAUAUGUCCCAACAGUGUUUGAAAACUACGUUACGACUAUUGAAGGGCCUCAGGACAAAUGUAUUGAACUGGCGUUGUGGGAUACCGCCGGACAAGAGGAGUACAACAGGCUCCGCCCGUUAUCCUACACAAAUGUUGAUAUUUUGAUGAUUUGCUACGCUGUCGACAAUAGAAACUCGUUCAAAAAUGCAGAAGAUAUUUGGUACCCAGAGGUAAAACAUUUUUGUUCAGGGACCCCCAAGAUUUUGGUUGGCCUUAAAUCCGAUCUUUACGCCGGUGAACAUAUUAACGAAAUGGUGGAACCUAAAGAGGGGGACCUACUUGCUGAGAAGAUAGGUGCAGUGUUGCAUUUGCAGUGCUCUGCCAAACUCAGAGAUAACAUAGAUGAACUGUUCGACGCUGCCAUAGAUAUUUUACUAGCAGACGAACUAUACACAACAAAAGAGCCAUCUUCUCUGUUACGAAAUCCAUUUAAGAAAAGUGGGACAUUUUCGCCGUAUAAUAAGACGGGUUCAGCAUCUAACGGUCAAAACAGAUCAAUAAAGGUGAGGAAACAUAAGUGUUCGAUUUUUUAA